AGAGAGCAGAGUAGUUUGUUUAGAGGAGUUCAUUUAUUCUUUAUUUCAUUCAAAAAUAAAACAACAAACAAUUCAAUACAAACACAAAGGUUCGUAAAUUGUGAAUGAAAGGGAGCAGAAAGAAGAAGAAUCUUAGAAAGAAGAAGAAUCUGUUAGAUCCUGCUGGGACCAAGUUUUGUUUUAGAAGUUAAAGUCAUGGAGCUCAGAAGAGAGAAAGCGGAGGACAUGGACACGUCAGACUUCCCGUGGUGCUGGUACUACCUGGCCGACUGCGGGAGGUGGCACCAGUUCAAGGACGACCCAGAAAAUCCCUUCAGCAGCGAUAAUGUGGAGAAAUACUAUGAGAGGGAACCAAAAGGUGUUUUGAAGAUUUCCACGCUGAGUGGCUGCAGCCAGAUUGAUCUCUCAGCGAUGUUGCAGACGGAGCUGGAGACCGGCAGGCAGCGGAGGAUCCAGCGAGGCUUCAACGUAGGAAGAAGCUGCUCCUGUUUCAGUGCUGCACCUAUUUUCUGGGAAAACGUCGAUCCCACGACGCCGUACCAGUUGAUCCCUCUGAGUAAACUCAGUCCUGAAUACAAGACCGUGGAGGACUACGUGAAGGUCGAGGGGCUCCUCAACAGAUCCAUCCACUUGAUUUGCAGGAUACAGAAUCUGGACCUUUGGGAGAUAUACUGCAGGAAGAAGAAGCAGCUGAUGAGGAUUCACGGUGUCAAAAAGUUUCAAGAGAGACGGCUUUUCCACGGGACCGAGGUUACAAAUGUUGACAGCAUUUGCAAGUACAACUUUGAUUUACGGUUGGCUGGACAACACGGGCACGUAUACGGUAAAGGAAUAUAUUUUGCCAAACAUGCAUCAUUUGCGGACAGAUACAGCAGCAUCAGCACAGAUCCACUACCACUACACGGCCUAGGAACCGACGGCAGAAGCUCCGAAUACCGUAAUACACAGAUUUUGGCUCGGGUCAUCGUUGGGAAAUCAAAUGAGGGACACUCUAACUUCACAAAACCCGACCAUAAAAGUCUUGACAACAGUCACGACAGCUGUGUGGACGAUGUCAACGACCCCAAAAUAUACGUCAUAUUUGAUCCAAAUCAAAUAUAUCCGGAAUAUGUGAUUCAGUACGAGUGAAGUCGGUACCUGGGGAGACAAACAUCUACCUCUGACUCUCAGGAUGCUCGUUUUUA